CUUUUGUUGAUUCUAUAGUAUUCUCUCAUUUUUCGAGUAAGAAACCCAUUUUUCACAGUGAAAAAUUGCAUAUAUAAAGUGAAUUUAGUGAGUGUUCAUAAUAUUACUAAGUAUUCUUAACAGAGCAAGUGAAAAUCGAUGUGUUUGUAAAAAAAAAAUAGUUCAAAAAAUAUUUCUCUAAAAUUUUUUGAUAUUGCCGUUUAUAUAAUAUUAUCAAUAAUGUAUAAAUUAAAGUUAAUGAAAGAUAUGAGUGAUUUAAAGGACAUGGAACAUUUAUAGAACUUAAGGUACUAGUUUUAUAAACAAUAUAAUUAAUUGUGUAAAAAGUUAAGGUGUUUUCACGCGUGAAAACACUUCAUUAAGAACUAAAAAACAAUUGUUUGUUUCCAAACAAAGCGCAAUCACUAACAACAAAAAGACGCCAUUUUCAAUUUUUUUUUACAAAAUAAACAGUUGACCUUUGAGAAAAAUAGUCGAAGCUAAAAAUAAACAUCUCUGAAAAAAUCAUUGAUUUAAAAAGUGCAUUAACAUUUGUUAAAACGCUAUAGAGCAUAUAAAAAAAAAACUUUAAAAAAUCAAUAAAUUUAUAGUUAAUUUAAAGCUAAAAAUUUUAGCCUUUGUUUUGUGGUAAAAGUGUAAUGUUUACAAAGCAGCUUAAACAAAUAAUUUUCUUCAACGUAACGGAAAAAAGAGCUGCUGUUAAAAAGAGAAUACUUCUUCACCCGACUACAAUGUUCAAGAAUUUUUGCUGCGUGACGAACCAAAUUACGGCAAUGAUCUCAAGUAAAACGCAACUACUGAAUGCCUACAGAGUCAGAUGUCAACAAACAAUAAUAUCAAUAUACUAAAUAGUGGAUCAAGUCAUCUUAGUAAUCUAAGUUAUAUGCAUCGUUAUAUCUAAAGAUUUCAAUACGAACAAAUUUUUAAGACUAAGAACUUUUAUAGCCACAUAAUUUUAUUUGGAAACAAAACCAAUAAAUAAAGGGUUGCCACCAUGAAGUUGCUUGAAAAUUCUCGUUUUGAAGCCAUAAAUAAUGCGCUGUCCAUUAAAACUGGUGCAAAUACACUAUUUGGACGAAUUGAAAGCUAUUCUUGCAAAAUGGUUGGGGCUGAUAAAGCACUCUAUAAGCGGUUCACAGCCGAAAUAAACGGUUACGGGCCACAUGAUCUGCAGGCUUUAUCACCACCACAAACUUUAGCUGAUUUCUCACCAAAUUUUCAUCGCAAUGGCAGUCAUUCUGGUGAUGAAGGUGUCAUUUUAUGUGACACCAUAUCUAGAAAAACAUUAUUCUAUUUGAUUGCCACAUUGAAUGCAUCAUUUGAACCAGAUUACGAUUUUUCCGAUGCAAAAUCACAUGAAUUUAGCAAGGAACCAUCUAUACAAUGGGUUAUGAAUUCAGUUCAUUCAAAUUUGUCUGCAUUAGCUGGCGAUCAAUACCAAAUAUUGCGUCAACCAUUAUGGUCUGCAAUUGAUGAUGAAAUCAAUCUCUCUGAGUGCGAUAUCUACAGUUACAACCCGGACUUGAGCUCUGAUCCGUUUGGUGAGCCAGGUUGCUUAUGGUCUUUUAACUACUUUUUUUACAACAAGAAAAUGAAACGCAUUGUUUUCUUUACCAGUCGUGCAAUCAAUGCACUAUACUGUGGAGAUUCUUCUGACGUAUCCAUGGAUGAUGAUUUUUAUUAAUAUAUAACUUGG